AUUCUCCACACAUCAAAACAUUAAGCAUGGCAGUGGAAGAACGACGUGAAAGUUGGAGUAGAAGUGUGGAGUAUUUACUCGCCACGGCCGGGUAUGCCGUCGGUCUGGGAAAUGUUUGGAGGUUUCCAUACCUCUGUUACAGAAGCGGUGGCGGUGAGAUAUUUUAUUUCUUUACGUCAUGUCAACACACUUCCAAGAUGAUUUCUAAAGAUUUUGUUUUAUUUACAGGAGCUGGCAUCGCUACUGUGGUUAUAUCAUUUUUAUUCACGACAUAUUACAACGUGAUCAUCACAUGGGCAUUUUACUACCUCUUCAGCUCGUUCACGUCGAAACUUCCGUGGUCAGAUUGUAGUAAUGACUGGAAUUCUGAUGACUGUUUUGACGGGGUUAACAAAACGGUCUUUGACCCGGUGACUAAUGUAACCUCAGUGAUUCUCAGGACAAAUGAUAGCUUGUCUCCAACAGAAGAUUUUUACGAGCGAGGUCUGCUGGAAAAAUCUUCAGGGAUAGAUGAGCCUGGAGUUUUAAAAUGGGAUCUUUCUCUUAUUCUUCUGAUGUGUUGGAUUCUGGUGUAUUUUUGUAUAUGGAAAGGACCAAAGUUGACCGGAAAGGUUGUUUAUUUUACAGCAACAUUCCCUUAUGUUGUGUUGUUAGUGUUGCUUGUUCGUGGACUUACGUUACCCGGAGCAAUGAAUGGCAUCUUGUACUUUAUAGUACCACGCUGGAAACUUUUACUUGAUGCUAAUGUAUGGGUCAAUGCAGCAGCUCAAACCUUUAAUUCCCUGGGCAUAGCUUUUGGAGGAAUCAUAACAAUGUCAAGUUAUAACAAGCGGAAAAACAGAAUACUUAAGGAUGUUUUGAUUAUCGGAGUGGUGGACGCUGUAACGUGUCUGCUGGCUGGAUUUGCCAUAUUUUCCAUUCUUGGGUUUCUUGCUCAUGACCAGGAUAAAGAUGUAGAGGAAGUGAUUAAAGAAGGACCAGGAUUGGUGUUUGUGAUUUACCCGUCGGCUUUCUCCAGCAUGCCUGUCUCGCAGCUUAUAUCUGCACUAUUCUUCUUUAUGCUGAUUUGUCUUGGAAUAGAUAGCCAGUUUGCCUCUGUAGAAGUUAUUGUCACAACAAUACAAGAUCAUUUUGCUCCUCAAGUGAAGAAGUAUCUACGUCGUAAAGAACUGCUAGUUCUAGUUGUGUGUGUUGUAUCUUUUCUAUGUGGUCUACCUAAUGUUACUCAGGGAGGAGUCUACUUUUUCCAGUUGAUAGAUUACUAUGCAGCAGCUAUGUCUUUGAUGUAUCUGGCUUUCUUUGAAGUUAUAGCAAUUACAUGGUUUUAUGGUGCUAAGAAAUUAGCAAAGAAUAUAGAACAGAUGAACGGUGCUCCACCAUCAGUAUUUUUCAUUGUUUGCUGGUACGGAAUAUCACCACUUCUUAUACUGGGUAUAUGGAUAUUCAGUCUGGUACAGUAUAAACCUUUUAGUGUAGCUAAUUACGAGUAUCCAGGUUGGGCGAUCGGUCUCGGUUGGUUUAUUGCGGCCUUGUCAAUCAUCUGCAUACCAGGAGCGAUGGUCCACUCAGUCGUAACAGCUCAGGGAAAGACGCUCUGGCAGAAAUUCAAGAAUUCAUUGAAGCCACAAGCCAUUGAUAUGGAGGAAAAGAAUGAAGACAUUGGUUUUAAAGAUAUAACAUUUCCGGUCGAUGAUUGUUACCUUGAAAAUGGAGGGGUCAUCUUCAAAGGACAGAAACCUUCAGACAGCAUGUACCCGGCCCUCAAUGAUGAAGUUCAGCCAUUAAGCUAUAAACAUGUAUGAACAAGACAUAGAAUUGCUGAUCUUUGUAUGAACAUAGAAAUGUUGACUUUUGUAUGGACAUAGAAGUGUUUGCCUUUGUAUGAUCACAGAAAGUUUUACUUUUGUAUGAACAUAGAAUUGCUGAUAUUUGUAUGAAUGCUUUGUAUGAACAUAGAAUUGUUAACCUUUGUGUGAACAUAGAACUGUUGACUUUUGUAGGAACAUAGAAGAGUUUUCCUUUGUGUGAACAUAAAAAUGUUGACCUUUGUAUGGACAUACAUGUAGAAGUGUUGAUCUUACCUAUUGUUCCCAAGAUUAAUAUUAUGACCAUGAUAUCGUGAUGCCAAAUGCUGGUAUCUGAUUGGUUGAUUUUAUUGCCAGGUUUAAAGUUGCACACUACUAGAAAACCAUGUUUCAAAAGUAAAAAAAAAGAUAAAGGAAUAAACAUUUAGGAAUUUAACCCUUUACCUGCUGGAACAAAAUGUUAUUAGCUGUAGCCAACAGUACAGCACAAUGCUUGGGCUGCAUGCCCAGUCUGUGAUCUUGCCAGGCUCUAUACUGUAGGCUCACCAACUUCAUAUGAGCCGCAUCACGACAAAACCAAAAAUGGGUUUGCGACCAGCAUGGUUCCAGACCAGCCUGCUCAUCCGCACAGUCUGAUCAGGAUCCAUGCUGUUCGCUAUCAGUUUCUCUACUUGUUAUAGGGUUUGUAAGCGAAUAGCAUGGAGCCUUGUCUGGAUCCAUGCUGGUCGCAAACCCAUUAUGUUGGUUUUGUCGUGACGCGGCUCAUAUAUCUAUCUUGAUAUCCCUAAAAUUAAAAAUGGACAAUUCCAAAAAAUCCAAGUCCAUGUAAGAAAUUCAACAGGUUAAGUGUUUAGAAAUACAUUUAUUUGUAUGUCCGAAAAAGGAUGAAGCACUUUACUUGCUCCUUUAAAAUAUACUGUAAUAUAAACAACUUCUGUAUCUGUCCUUUUAUGAACAGGGUUUGUUUUUUUUUGGGGUGGGGGGGGAGACAAAAUCAUCUGUUGGUGUGCUAUUUUAAAGAUAACAGGUAAAGGGUCUCAAAUGUCAUAUUAACUUAUUCUUUUAUUUCAUUAUUUAAUGUUAGCCGAAUAUGUUUUCUUACUUUAUAUUUAGUUAAUAAUAGUUAAGAUUACUUAGAUUUAGCCUAGUUUAUAUCUAGUUAAUAUUAGUUACGAUUACUUAGAUUUAGCCACAAUGAGAAAGGAAUCGGUGCCAAAAACAAUGUGUAAACAAUACAAAUACAUGUUAAGAUCUGUUUUUUUUAUUUUUACAUUUAUGUGUAAUUGUUAUUAAUUCCUGGAAGGGAUAAAACUUAAGGAUAUGGGAGAUUAUUAAAUCCGUCCUUUAUAUUAUAUUUCUAAAACUAAAAAUAAAAUGUUUAUACAUUUUCCAUGUUAUGUCACAAAAAUCAUGUGUAUUUGCAUAAUGUGAUCUAUAUUUGUGUCAUUUUACAUCUUACAUAUGGGACAGCAUUUAGUAUAGCUUAGUGGUCUUUAUUAUAGUUAUUAAAAUGCCUCUGGAGUAAGAAAAUAGCCUCACCCUUGGGGUCAUUAUUGAAGCUUACAUAAACUGAUAAACCCAAUAAGACCUUUCCGACAUUUGCAUUAAAGGCUUGUGUACUAUUCUAACAUUGUACUUCAGGUGAGCGAUCAAGGCUAUCAUGGCCCUCUUGUUCAAAUAUACAUGUAUAUCUUUUUUUACUCGAAUUUAUGUCUGUUGAACAAACAAUAAGGUUUUUUUCCUUGAAAAUAUUGUUAUUUCCUGUCAUUGCUAUUUUUUCUUUUACUGAAUAGUGGUAUAUGAUGCACAUUUGUUAUUUAUUUUUCAAUUAUUCCAUUGUGUUUAACAGUUUAUUUUGUAGUAUUUAAUCCUGAUGUUUACAUUUUGGUCUUCAGUUGGCAAAAUUUUUAAUUUUUUCACUGCCAAUGUUAACUCCCUUGGUUAUUUUGUUAGAGUGACAUUGAUUGAACAGUUUUGUAUACAUGUACAUGCAAACAAAUCUGUAAUCUUUUUUUGUUUUACAACUAUACAGAUGAUAAAGGAACUUCAAGAUCAUUUUAUUAAGAAUUCUGUGCAUAAUUAAAUUGGUUUUUGUUAAGCUUUUAAAUCAUGUUCUCUAGAUAAUUGUCAAGGACUAGCCUAAUAAUGUUUACAUAGGAUUUGAAUAUUAUUACCCCAUUUCCAUACCCUUUAUUAUAGCCCCUUGUGAGUAUGCAAAUCAUAUCUGAAGGUUAGUAUUGUUGGCUGUAUUGGAACACUUGUUCUGUUGCCAUGGUUUAUUAUAAUCUGAAUACUUAAAAGAGUUUUCAUAAUGGCCUUGCUAUUGUGCCAACAUUCUGUCAUUUUAGCACAAGCCCUUUAGGCUGAAGGCUAAUACAGUUGACUCUUGUUAUCUUGAAGUCAUCGGGACUCAAAAAAAUAUUUUUGAUAAAUUGUUGAGAGAAACGUAUUUUGGGUAAUGAACCAGUCAGAAACUAAAUUUUAAUAAAGAUAUGGGAAUACUGUAAGUAAAAUAAACUCAGUAUGAUGUGCUCUUUUUUUGAACAGAUAUGUUGUGGUGAAAUUCUUAUUGUAUCCACUAAUAUGAUAAGUAAGAUGUAGACAUCUAUGCAUUAGUGGAGAGAUAAACAAAGGAUAAUAGUGUGAAAAUAACUGUUGGGGCUGAAAUUUUACUUCGAGAUAUUGAAAAUAUAGAAAUAUUGAGAUAAACAAAGAUACCCAAUAUAGAUAACUUGCAAAAUUUCAUUGAGAUAACAGAAUAUCGGGAUUCAUAAUGUCGAGAUAACGAUAGUUGACUGUCUGUCUAUCUGAAGACCAAUGACAAGGUCAUUACGAAAACUCUUUAAUUAUUGGCAACUUUAUUAUUGAACAAUGAAAAAUUAACAAACACUUAAUUUUAUAUAAUAGUAAUUUUAAAUAGUAAAAUUAUCUUUAGAUUACAACUUUCAGAACACAUAUGAGCCACGUCACGACAAAACCAACAUAGUGGGUUUGGGACCAGCAUAAAUCCAGACCAGCCUGCGCAUCCGCGCAGUGUGAAAAGGAUCCAUACUGUUCGCUUGCAGACCCUUAACAAAUAGAGAAACAUAUAGCAAACAGCAUGGAUCCUGAUCAUUCUGCGCGGAUGCGCAGGCUGGUCUGGAUCCAUGCUGGUCGCAAACCAAUUAUGUUGGUUUUGUCGUGACGCAGCUCAUAUGUAUUAAAUUGCUGUAAUUUAACAGUUAAACUUUGUCACAUGUUUUAUGCUCGUAAUAGUUUUAAAAGUCAGGAUAUUUUAUCAUAGGUUAACCCAUUUGGGAUAAGUGCAUUAAGUAAUGUAUGAACACAUUUUGGUCUUUGAAAGUUCAAGAAUGAUUUGAUUUUUCUGAGAUAAAUAUCAAAAACAUCUGUAAUUGUUAUAUUUUUGUUAUGUUUUGUGUGUACUUUUUACUUAUUACUUCUAUUUUUAUAAACUUUGUUUUUACUUGCUGUUUUUACUGAACAUGUGUCUUUGAAUUUUGCAAAGGACAAAAUGUUUAAAUAAUGCAAAGUUGAGUAUUUAUUUUCUGAUUUUAUUGAAUACUCAAUACUGCUAGUGUAUUUGGCAGAGGCUUCUUGAAAUUUUUUCUUAGAUUCUUAAUUUACAACCUGAAAUGAUGUUUAUCUUCUAAUACAUGUAUAUGGAAAAUUGAGGCGAGAAAAAAAAAUACCCACUAAGAUUAGUUGUGUAACAUGUUGCCAAUAUAAUUUUUGUAUAACAAUAAUUAAGUCAGUUUAAAGUUAUUAAUAAACUUAACCCUUUGAAAUUCCAGUUUAUUAUUUUAAAUGGACGUUGUUCAUCACCCAUUCUGGUCAAGACCAUCAUUUUUAGGACAUUUUUAAAAACAUACACUGACUGAACACCUGACAGUGCAGACCAUGAUCAGAUUGGACUGAUAUGCCAGCUGAUCUUGGUCUGCACUGGUUGUAUGGAUAGAAUCUGUUGCCACUAGCAGGCUACGGGUUGAUAUGAUUACACAUAAAGUUUUUCUCCCAUUUCCAGUAUUUACAUGUAAUAUUAAUAGUCGAUUUCAGUUGAUACAUUACCUAGCUGUAUCUUUUUCUCUUUAUAUACAUUGUACACUUUGCUAGCCAUUUUUUUUUAUUGAGCCAUUCCUGAUUGGAAAAUUUACAAUUUGUACUGUGUACAUUCACUGCCUUGAAACAAAGAUUUCAUAUCACGUUUUGAUUUUGAUUUUUUAUGAGUAAAAAAAAAAGAUGAAAGA